ACAGGCUAUGCUGAGACCAAUAAAAAUCAGCAGCACCGCAGUUAAUUGGUUUCGAUUAAAUUGGUACGAUAAAUUAUGAGUUCUAUUUCCUAAUGUUUUGCAACAUCCAUGGCUACUGAGCGGGAGGAGGAGAGUUUCCCUUUCGCUGAUACUUAUGAUUGUUUAAUUUGCAAGAAACGUUUCAAGAAAUUGUGCACCUACGAAACUCAUAUGAGGAAGUAUCAUACCGGAGUGAAUACCUAUAAGUGUGAGCUGUGCAAUAAGUUGUUGGCAAACAGAGCAACAUUAACGAGCCAUAUCAGACAUUGUCAUAGUGUAACGGAUGAUCAUUUCAAUCUUGUUACUGAUAACAACUGUAAUGAUUUGAAAAGUGCACGAAUUGCUAAGAAAAAAGGCGCACAUAGAGUGGCUAAUAAAUUGUUAUGUGAGGUUUGUGGCUAUCAGACGUGCAUCAGUUGUAAUUUUACGGUACAUAAACGUAUACAUAACAGUGAAGUACAGAAGUAUGGCUGCGAACGUUGUCACAAACGCUUUACAACAAUCCAUCAACUGACUGAACACAUGCGAGUCCAUUCCAACACAAGAGUGCGCAAUCAUAAGUGCGAAAUUUGUGGUGCAGCUUUUUUAUGCUCCCGUACCUUAUACCAUCACAAACCUCUACAUCUGGAGAACAAGAAAUAUAGUUGCACUGUGUGUAAUAAAUAUUUUGCACAAGCUGCGGGUUUGGCAGGACAUAUGAGAAGGCAUCGUGUGAAAUAAGUAUACCGAUUAUUAUUAGUGUUUUAUAAAACACUUAAUGAAAAUAUUUAGUA